UUCGGAGCCCGAGCCAGUGCGUGCGUCUGUGUUCAGUCGCUUGCGCUUCACUCUCCGGGUCGGGCAAGCGGAGUCGUCGCAAUGGUGUCGUAGUGUCGCCCACCGGGCAGUCAACGUCGAACCGGCGUUUUCGCGACUCCGCACGCCUCGAGGCACGACCCCGUCGGAGACGGAGAGGCACCAGACCCGAGGUCCUGUUCCUUCCGUUGACGUCGUCGUGACCGACGUCGCUAGUCGCAUUCCACGAUGAGCGGCCGCGUAGGAGACCUCACCGAGCAGCAGAUGACAGCGCUCGACGAACUUCGAGCGAACGUCGACGACAUCCUGCGGCCGAGUCACGACGACUACUUCCUGCUGCGGUGGCUAAGAGCUCGCAACUUUAAUGUCUCCCAAGCGGAAGCCAUGCUGCGAGAGAACCUGCAAUGGCGCAAGCAGAACAACGUGGACACGAUACUGGAAGACUACGAACCUACAGAGGUUCUUAAAAAGUAUUACCCCGGAGGUCUAGUGGGUCACGAUAAAGAAGGCUGCCCACUCUGGAUCAUUCCUUUCGGCUACACAGACAUCAAAGGCCUCUUCUAUUCCGUAAAGAAGUCUGAUUUCAUCAGGCACAUUAUUCAGCAGCUUGAGUACAGCGCUCAGGAUAUGGCUGCCCAGACAGAAAAGCGCUCGGUGACGUCGCGUGGGGUCGUUCUUGGAACGACCAGCCACGCGGACGCCGUGGGUGACCGUCGGUCGCCUCGGGGCAGCCUUCUAAAAACAGGAGCGCCCGGUCUUGGCGUUUACGGUCUGGAGACGCUCGCGCCGUCUCUGCGGCCAAACCAGGACAAGGAUGUCGAUUCACCGGCCGUGGGAGCAGCUGAGCUCAUGCGCUGA